CUGACCAUUUUGCUGCUCUCUGAUGGGAUCCAUCUUAUAUUUGCCCUGCAUUCAACUGAUGCAGUCAUUUGUGAGCCUCUGUCGCCGAGACAAGACGCUGGCGCGUUCGGAGGAAGGAAAGCUCGUUUCUUGCCGUGACCGAGACACGCUCCAAAUGAUGCCGACCCAGCGACAUUUGUUGCGGCCCAACUCCAACCUUGGAAUCGCGGCCACGUUGAUGUUGCGUCCGAAUCCGGGCCCGGAAGGUUUCUUCGUGUUCCCGAUGCCGGCCGUGGCCCCAGCCGUUAACCCCGAGAUGGGCAGCCACGACUCGCCGGACCCGGGACCCGGCGCCCGACCGGGGGGGAAUCGUCGCCCUGAAGGCUCCCCACCGCCGGAGCUCCAGACCCCCGGCGACCCCGACGCCCUGGCCACGGACACAAGGCGACUUAUCGGCCGCUUUCUCAGUGACUUUACCGGCUUGACCACCACGGCCAGUUGGGAGGAAAGUAAAGUCCUGUCGACGAUAAAAAGGGUCGUGCAGAGACUUGUGGACAAACACAGGUUCAAAUACAAUGGCAUCAUCAACAAACUGGCGUUAGACAGAAGAGGGGACGACAUGGCCUUCGUCAGCAAGGUGGCCAGGCUUGAAUUUGCAGACGGGGUCACCAACUGGGGUCGCGUCGCCAGCCUCCUAGCUUUCGCCGCCGUGCUGUCUCAGGCCUUGACGGAAAAGCGUCGGGAGGGGUGUGUGGCGCUCGUGGCCCAGGAGGUGUCCACCUACCUGCUGUCGCAUCAGCGCACCUGGCUCGUGCAGCACAACGCAUGGAACGGCUUUGCAGAAUUCUUCGAGGAAAAUGACGUGGAGUCGAGAAUGAGGAUCGUCCUCGCCGCCUUCGGCGGUUUGGCCUGCAUCUCGGCGUCGGUGCUCAGUUUGCUCCGUUGAACUCUGAGGACCGUUUGGCGUAUCAGAAUCCCAAGCAACAACUUCACAAAAGAGGAAGUGAUAAGGACCAUUUUUGUACUGUUUGAUCAACAAUGGGAAAGACACACGCACAAAAAUUAAAUGUCAAUUUUUUAUGUCGAUAAAUGUGUCCCGUGCCGAAACAACUGAUACUUCUGAUAAUACUCAUCAGUGUAAAUGUAAUGUUCUAAUAAGUACUCUAGUUUAGUUUAGUUAGUUCUAGUUUUCACUAGAUAGUAUGAUAUGACAAAUGCAAAUAACAGUCAUACUUAAUGGAAUAAUAUGUAAAGAAGAGGAAAAAUAAACGAUGUGUAUAAAAGUGAUGAUGUAUGAUUUGGCUCUUUGCCGUAGCACUACAAAUGUGGCUCUUUUUGCCCCACCCCUAUCUAAAAAAUAUGAAAUGACAAAUGAGAAGAACACUCAGUCAUACUUAAAGGUCAAGUGUCAUCCCUAUAAACAUUCAAAAAUGGAUAUUGUGAUGAAAAAUACAUAUAAUAUGAUUCACUUCAAUAUGUAUUCGAAAAAAUAAAUGUGAGCGGAGAGCGCCUCAUCCAUGCGCAAAGUUGAAGUGUCAUUCUACAAUGUCCAA